GGUUUCCACGCAAGAUGGACCAGGCGAUCGAAUUCGAGAAGACGGUGUGUCCGUCUCGGUUCAUUCUGUUCUUCGACUGCCCCGAGGAGGUUAUGGAGAGUCGCUUGAUCGUCCGUGGGAAGACGUCCGGACGGGCCGAUGACAACCUGGAGAGCAUCAAGAAGCGGUUCAGGGUGUUCGUCGACACCAGCAUGCCGGUGGUGGACAUGUUCGAGAAGCAAGGCAAGGUGGUUAGGAUUGAGGCCACUACGACGCCCGAAGAAGUAUACGAGAAGGUGCGGGCGGAGUUGAAGAAGAAGGGGUUGAAUCCGACGGCGUAGAUCGGAUGCCUUUUUUUGGCGAUUGCAAGCGGAUUGGUUAAUGUGCGAAGUACUUGUAAACCAUUGAACGUUAUACACUCAUAGAAUUUUGUAGGAUGAAUCACAAGGAUCUAUCUCCUUUCGUAAAGCACUUCAUCCAGUAUGCGAUUCUAGCAACCCAGUUUCCCGUACCAAACCCGACGAAAACAGCGCCACCCAUUAAUCCCGAUCAUCAAUAUCCGAGGGCACCACUUUGGGCUUUUGUUCCUUCUGCUGGUGAUGCUGCUGGCCCUGCCGUCCACCCUGUCUCCUCUGGUAUCCAUUCACCUUUGAUUCCAUCUCCCGCUGUUCCUGACCCACCUGCUCGACGUAGUUCUCCUUCUCCUGCCGGACCACUUCCAGCACGCCGACCAGGCUCGUCCGCCACAUGUCCAGACGCGACGCGACCUCCUGCCACUGCUUCUCUCCGAACACCCGGUAGGUGCUGCGGUGGAUCAAGAA